AUGGUGACCGCCACUUCCAGACCGUUCCAGAGGCGGCUACGUCUGACCAAGCUUCAGUCGCUGCUAAUCUGUCAUCGCCGUCGUGAUCUACCGGGUGCUACCUAUGCUGAGUUGGCUGCGUGGGCUCAAGCCGAGACUCUGAUGGACAUGUCCAGCCAGUUGGAUCCCCAGGCUUUGGCCGCGUUCGUGGACGACAGUGUCUUUGCUCAGAUGAGCGGGAAGCUUGGAGCAGACGCAUCGCCGAAGAAAAAUCUUUUCGUUGCGUGGAUGCUGGAAGACUAUCCCAACAAAGCCACACUCCAACUCGAGGCCUCCCAGAUCCGGAUACAUGAAUUGAUACGGGUGGAGAUCAGAAGAGCAUACGGGCAUACACGCGUGUCUCGACCUCUUGCACAAACUAUUGCGGCCAAGACGGUGAAAGACCUCCUGGCAAAGUUUGUCCCUGAAGCCCGCUCCGGCACGCCCAAGUUGGAUGAAAAUGAAAUGAAGCGAAUCGCGGAGGCGUUCACCAAGGGCCGGUACCUCGGCGAAGCCCACCUCGACCUCGCACAGUAUCUGCGGGACUGCUGGAAGGCCUACACCCCCACAAAGUACAAGGCGCCAUGUGUGGCGGUCGUGCAGAGUUCUGGCUUCGGCAAGAGUCGGACGAUGCGUGAGCUCGCGAUCGAGGCUCAAAAGAGCGCCUUGAACAUGAAAGUCCUGUACAUGUGUGCUCGUGUGCACGAGUCGACGGGGUUUCCCAAGGCUACGAGCGAGCUUCGUGGUUGGCUGUUUCAAGAAGGCUCCGAAGUGGAAGACAUCGCCAGUCGAUUGAAGACAAUUUACGUCUACGCGAACAAGCAUUGGGCGGACGCGAAACUUUCGGAUGAAACAGAUACGCUGGAGGGGGAUACCUCUACUGAGAAGAAUCCAAAUGGCAGAAUCGUGGUUCUGGUGAUCGAUGAAGCGAGAAGUCUGCUGGCUGAGAAGGGAGGCAAGAAGAAUGACUUCCGAAUGUUGCGAAAUGCUCUCAGAUCCGUGAACAAAGAUAUCGGCCAUCGUGGAUGCAUUUUCGGCGUGCUGAUUGAUACGAACUCCAGGAUCUCGGACCUGGCGCCUCCGCUGUUGUUGGACCCAUCAUCUCGGCUUUUCGAUGGAGAGUUGGCAUCGUUUGCGCCAGUUGUGUUAGCUGAGACAAUGGACGCACACUGGGAUCAAUACUGUGAAGAAAAACAAGCCGGCGAAGAUGAAGAAAUGAAAGAGGACAUCCAAGAUGUAGAUGAAGAAAUGAAAGAGGAAAUACUAGAUGCGGGAGCAGAAGAUGAAGAAAUGGAAGAGGAAACUCAGGUUGCGGUGGGAGCUGAAAAAGACGAAGAGAAGAAGAAACAGCAAGAACGUGCUAAGAUAGCUAUGUACAAGAGAAUCGUUACCGGGGAUGCGAGUCAAGCUUGGCACGCGUUGUGCCGCAUGGGGCGUCCGAUGUGGUACAGCACUUGCCCCAAUCCUGCGGAUAGAGAAGAUGUGAUCAAUCUUGCGGCGAACAAGCUGCUACUGGGGAUUCCCCCUUCGCAAAAUGCGUACAACAAGGAUACCAUGCUUGGUGUCGCCUCCAUGCUUUGCCGUCUGGGCGUGCGCCCGCAUUCAACGUCGGCUCUGGCAUCUCGGGCGACUGCCGACUUCAUGGCGAUUCUCGCCUAUGUGAAUUUCAAGCGAGAAGGUUACGUCACCAGCUACGCUUCGGACCCAGUGCUCGCCUUAGGAGCGAUGAAAGUGUGGUAUGAACUGAAACAUGGUCUGGCAAAGUAUAUCCUGCCGCAACUCAAGAACCUCCUUUUGGAUGAAGCAUUAGACACCGGUGGAGUUGGCGAAAUUGGCGAGAUGGUUGCUCGGAUUUUGCUGCUUCUGGCGAUGGACACGUGUGUGAUGGGGGACAAAAGCUUUUCCCAGUGCUACCACACGAUCGGGCAAUUUGUACCGGUGCAGGAUUUCUUGGACGUGCUGCAAGGCAACAAGGAGAGACCGAUAUAUUGUAAGGGGAUGUACAACGCGGAAGAUAAGAGACCAGAAUUGAACAAGUGGUGCUCGAAGUGGGAUGGUUGGUACAUGGGGUUCACCCACUUUGUGCAGUUGCAGCUUGAGCCGAAUGAGGACACGCUUUGGUUUUUGCUGGGGCGUCAAGCUGCAGGUAUUUUCCCCCGUAACCAGUAUGGAGCCGAUUUGUUGAUCCCGAUGUUUAAGAAGAGAUCCAACAGCAGGCCAGUCGGUGGGGAGACAACGAGGGGUGAGCAGGAGGGGCAUGAGGUGUUGAUGAUGUUGAUUCAAGUGAAGAAUCGUUUCCCAGUCGAUGGUGGGUUUUCUAGGGCAGCGACGGAGAAACUAUGCCCCUGGUUUGUGUUCGGAAAGAACAGUGAUGGGAACUCGUCAGCGGGGAAAUCUACUGAUGAAAUUGGUAGGGAUCCGAAACCGCUGAGCUCCACGGAUGUCCGUGAUACCAUUCGCAUCUACAUGAAUGUGCGCGGUAGAACGCGUGACGGCAAGUUCAUCUAUGCCACGACAAUGAAAGACAAUCUUAAGCCCAAGAAGAAAGGCAACGCCUCUGAGGUGAAGGAGGAGAGUCAGACGAUCGGGAGUCAGGCGAAGAAGCGGGCGAAGAUCGAGAGCAAUCCUGGCGUCUCAAGUGUGUCGAGUGUCUCGGAGGAGGAUCCUGUUUUCACGAUCUGCCUCCGUUUGCUCAACAGGGUCACCUACCCGUUCCUGAGCGACGGCGUGGCUUCCAUGCUAUCAAACAUGGUGGAGUCUCAGUAUGACCCGCUGGGGCUUGUGGAGGGCGACCUGGACUAUCGCGAUGAAGAUGAAAAACGAAACAAGAACGUUAGUUCGUAUGCAAAGUUGUCGCUUACCGCGACGCGCGACAAGUUGUUGCAGAACGCCCGUAAAGCACUAGCGUACGCGCCGGGUGACAAGGAAGAAGAGUGA